AUGAGUCAAUUAUGGCAAAUUGCAUCCGUCUUCCUGGCUCUGAGCCUCGUUGCUGAGCCGGCUCUGGCCAGCACGGAUUCUGCUGCUGUAAUAGCUCGCGUGCAAAGACCAACCACCUGUCCUGCCACAUGCUCUAGUUACGACCCCAAUGAGUGGUAUGUCUACUCCAGCGCAUCCAGAGUCGCACUGUGUAAUGAAACUAUGUUGCUUGAUUUCAAUAUCUUCAAUGAAUUGAACAACAGCCAAACUCACUCAACAAUUCGCACAUGUAUCUCUGAAGAUCUCAGCUUGCUUGAAGGCGGCUCUCAGGGUCUUCUGGAUUCACAAACAUAUAAAACAUCUGCCACUUACGAAAUUGGUUCUUGGGGGUCGUCGGGCUCCUCGUCCAACCUUGAGGAUGCGUCCGCUCUACUGCAGGAUUUGGAGUCCUACAUGACCGGCAACCUCCAGAAGUCUAUUCUCUUUGGCUAUUUCAACGGUAUUGCUGCAGGUGUUUACCUUGGCGACGAUCUGGCCCGAGCUGAGAACGUGGAAUUCGCCAUGCAGAAAAUGAUGAACACUAGUGGAGGCUCAAGUUACAGCGCGGCGGCCCUUCAGUAUUGUGGAUCUACCGCCAGUACAACGAUGGGCAUUGCCAUUGACCUCACAGGUGAUCUAUCUGCAGUUCAACAACACGUUCAAGCAUGGCACCAAGGAUCAUGCAUUUCUGGCUUUGACGAGGAGGAAUCUGCGUUAUUCUCUGCUUGGGUCGCCAAGAAUUCAUCCUCAUCUGUCACUGGAAAGACAAACAGCACGAUCCUGUCGCGGUCUACUCGAAGAUCGGGGUCAAACCAUGUUUCCUCUGUGCAUUCAUCUCAUACCAUUGAGCGCAGAUCUACUUGUUCCUAUGUUGAGGUUGUCUCUGGAGACAGCUGUGCAUCCUUGGUCACCGAAUGUGGCAUCACCGACGCGGAAUUCUAUGAGUACAACACUGCCUCCGAUCUUUGCUCAACGCUCGCUGUUGGUCAAUAUGUUUGCUGCUCCUCUGGUUCUCUUCCUGAUUUUGCCCCCUCGGAAUACUCCAAUGGUACUUGUUACACGUACAACGUGGAAUCUGGUGAUAGCUGUUCUGCCAUUGCAUCGGCCUACAGUAUCACAGUGGAUGAUAUCGAUUCUUACAAUAACAAUACCUGGGCCUGGUAUGGAUGUGAUGAUCUACAGGCUGGUGAAGCUAUCUGCUUGUCAACUGGUAACCCGCCCUACCCCGCGACAAUUGCCAAUGCUGUCUGCGGACCCCAAGUGAAUGGAACUGUAUUCAAUUCUACCGACUCUGAUACUUGGGGAGAUCUCAACCCUUGCCCCCUGAAUGCCUGUUGCGAUAUUUGGGGUGAGUGCGGUACUACCCCUCUUUACUGCAACGAUACCCGUGCAGCCACAGGAGCUCCUGGAACGGCCGCUUCAGGCUCGGAUGGAUGUAUCUCAAAUUGCGGUACGGAUAUUGUCAAUUCUGAUACUGCACCUUCGACUUAUAGUGUGGUGGGAUACUAUGAAGCAAGUAGUGUCAAUCGAACCUGUUUACAGAUGGAUGCAUCAUCCAUCGACACCUCUGCUUGGACACAUGUUAAUUUCGCCUUUGGAAACAUUGCUUCUGAUUAUUCUGUCAAUGUGGAUGGGAUGGAAGAUAUGUUUGAGCAAUUUGUCGCUCUUUCUAGUGUUAAGCGCAUGAUGUCAUUUGGUGGCUGGGACUUCUCCACAGACACCGACACUUACAUGAUUUUCCGUGAUGGAACCGCUGCUGGAAACCGAGCAACGCUUGUGCAGAAUAUUGUUAAUUUCAUUGCCGACACAGGUCUUGAUGGAGUUGAUUUUGAUUGGGAAUAUCCAGGAGAACCUGACAUCGCUGGAAUCCCUGCUGGAAGCUCGGACGAGGGAGAUAAUUAUCUUGCUUUCUUACAAGAUAUGCGGUCUGCUUUGCCUAGCGAUGCAGUACUUUCAGUAACAGCACCCUCUUCCUAUUGGUAUCUGAAACAGUUCCCUAUUAAGGAAAUAUCGGAAACCGUUGAUUUCAUCAAUUAUAUGACUUAUGACCUCCAUGGAACCUGGGAUUUGGGCAACGCCUAUGCUCAAUGGGGAUGCACAGCUGGAGAUUGUCUUUUCUCUCAUGUUAAUAUGACUGAGACAAUGUGGGCGUUGUCAAUGAUCACGAAAGCUGGAGUAUCUACAAACCAGAUUAUGGUUGGCGUUAGCAGCUACGGAAGAUCUUUCCAGAUGACAGAAGCUGGCUGUACUGCUUCCGAUUGUACAUGGAGUGCCGGUGGUGCUGCAGGCCCUUGCACUGACACGGUCGGCUAUAUCUCUAACGCAGAAAUGAAUGAGAUCUUGGCAAGCGACUCCACAGCAGUGGCAACCUCUGACGAUGUCUCUGACUACCUGGUCUAUAACUCUACUCAAUGGGUUGGUUAUAUGACAAAUUCUACGAAGGCCAGCCGACAGGCAAUGUAUCAGUCAUACAACUUUGCUGGAACCGCCGAAUGGGCCAUCGAUCUUGAGCAGUUCUGGCCAUUCUCCAAUUCAUCCAGCGAUGGGUCCGGUGAGACUGGGGGACAGACCAUUAGCGUUGAUCCAACUAUUUGGUCAGAGCCAACACCCAUUGUCAGCUGCUCGCCGCCAUGUUAUAUGAUCAUGCCACCUCAGCCCUUGACAUCGGAGACAGUCAUUUCUUUCCCUCCCUGGAACACUCAUGUUACCUGGAGAGCCACAGAGACCUCUACCACAACGCUUGUUGAUGGAUACGUUGAUACAUUCUCUCUAUACAGUACCUACACUGUCCCUACUCAGAUUACAAUUGCCCCGGUCACAACAUCAUACAUCAAUAUGUGGAACCAGCAGAUCACACCCGGUCAAACAGUCGUGUAUCAGACAAGCUCCGUGGAGCCUUCGCCCUUCGCUAUUACCUAUACACCGUGA